UUGCCUCUGCAACCUCAUUCGUCGUAUUUGGACUGUUCGUACCGCCACAGAGAUUCAACCUCGAGUCCUUUAAGCGACCAUUGUCCUGAAUAAGUCGCGCACGUUUGCUAUCAUUGUCAUCAUCAUGCCUCAUCUUGCUUUCGCCUUACUAAGCGUGCUCGCGCACGUCGCCGGUGCCGAGGAGGCGAAACUCUACGAGCUAAUGAAGACAGAGUACACCGACGAGAGCUGCGAGGCGGCGGGCUGGGGCCCGUUUCCAAAUGCCACCUCCACGUCGUUGACCGCCGAGGCCUAUGCUCGGGCGCACGGCACGAGUGGCUGCAAGUGCGGCAUGCUCUACGGCCUCGCGCAUUCGUCAGUACAGCGCGAGAACAAUGUCGCCGCGAUGUCGACCUCCGCCCAAGGACCCGCACGGUGCUCGGGCGGCACCGCCGCGGGAUUCCCGUGCGAGAAUGUCGAUCUCGUCGCCCAUCUCCCGCUCAGCGCGUUCACGACCAACACUGGCGAGGCCCCGGCGGCGGCGAACGACCUCUGGGGCUGGACCCACAAAAAGCGCGAGUUCGUCAUCUGGGGCGUCUCGGAGGGCCACUUCUUCGUCGAGGUCACUGAUUCUACGCCUGUGGUCCUAGCAUUCGUGCCCUCGACGGACGACAGGUCCAGCAUCUGGCAUGACGUCAAGGUGUUAGGAGACUAUGCAUACAUGGUCGCCGACGCCGCGCCGGACCACGGUAUGCAGAUCUUUGAUCUGAAGCGCCUGCUGACCAUCGACCCUAAAAAAGACGGCAUGCAGGAACUCACCCCCGAUGAGACUUAUUUCGGCACGGACGAGUACCCGGUGGGAAUGACGCAUAAUCUCGCCGUCAACGAAGAUAGCAACUUCGUAUACAUCCUCGGGGCGAACAACGGCUGCGUCGGGGGCCUCCAUGCCGUCGACGUCUCGAACCCGCGGAAGCCGAAGUUCGCGGCCUGUUUCUCGGGCGCUUCGACCGUGCACGACGCGCAGUGUGUGAUCUACGAGGGACCGGACAAGCGGUACCGAGGCGCCGAGAUCUGCUUUUGCCUCAACCAAGAUCAUGUCGCCAUCCUAGAUGUAUCUGACAAAUCCGAUAUCGUCAUACUCAAGAGGUUGGACUACGAUGCCGUGUCUUUCACACACCAAGGAUGGCUGUCGUCCGACCAGAAGUACCUAGUCUUCGGCGACGAAUUUGAUGAACAAUACGGCAGGGUCGACAAGACCCGGACGCUCGUGAUGAACGUCGAAGACCUCGAGAACCCCGGACAAAUUGUUGAAUUUAUGGGCAGCACGACGGCCACGGACCACAACCUCUACGUCGCCAAGCACAAAAAGGACGACUACAUCUACGAAGCGAACUACCGCGCCGGCCUCCAAAUACUCCGCGUCAAGGACUACGCCACGGCCGACUUUAAGGAAGUGGGCCGCUUCGACACGUAUCCGGACGACGACAGCAGCGACUUCGCGGGCGCCUGGUCGGUCUAUCCGUAUUUCAAGUCGGGGCUGCUUGCCGUCUCUAGCAUCGAGGAGGGCCUGUUCCUCGUCAAGCGCGCCGAGCCGUCCCGCCGCUUGCGCGGUGCCCGCGUAUGA